ACCGGCAGGCAGGGCCUCACUUCCAUUGAAGCGUCUCACCCAUUUUCGCAGUCGCCUCCCGGAAGAAAAUCUCCCAUGGCUUCAACACUAGCGGUGGCUGCAGCUGGACGAGUGGCUUCUCUUUCCCGGGCUUCCUCUCCGAGGCUGUCUCUCCAAUCGCCCCAACUCACUCAGCGGCGCGGUCUCGCCGGCGCAGCCGAUCACCAUGGACCACCUAGAGUUAAUGCCUGGCAGGACCCAAUGAGCCCAUCAAGAUGGAAGGAAGAGCAUUUUGUAAUUGCCUCUUUGGCUGGCUGGGGUGUUCUCAUUGUUGGGGGAUACAAAUUCUUUACUAGAGGCAAAGGCAAGAACGAAGAGAAUCUGGCGGGAGCAUCUCACUGAAGUUUGGACAAGUAGCUUGUAUCUGUCUUCAAUUUUUCCUGGAAAUAAGAUUCCUGCAUGGACUUCUUGUGUCGGAGUGAGUUAUCUUUCCUUGUACGGUGAACAAUUUGCCGGUCACCCGAUUAGUGUUGUGAUCCACUCUUGCUGAAUGACUUUUGGAGGCACUUUGCAAAAGUUGCAGAUCAUUUAAGGCCUUUUUCACCGUCUGUGCACCGUUACUUUGCAAUUUGAAGCAUGAACUCCUGUUCCCAAUAAAUCGGUUCAAUGCUGUAACUUCGUGUGCAGAGAUGUUUUCUGGAGUUUUA